AUGACUGAAUUAAAAGAGGCAGAAAGUUUUGUAAGUGUUGAAAACCCGCUUGAAGAUGCUUCUUUCAGUGUUGAGGGUCUUGGUAAUAAUAGCGUUAUUGUGUGCGAAGUUUUCACUAUUGAUAACAAUGAAAGAUUAUUAAUAGAAACUGAAAAAUUAUCUGUUGGUCCAGAUAAUAAGCGUAGCAAAGCCCUAGAAAAUUGUUCAUUAUUAAAAAACCCAAGUUAUUUCCAUCGUUCAAAACGCGGCCUAUAUAGGACAAAGGUCAAAGGCCACGGGGGUCCAUCACCUAAACUACAUACGCAGCAGAGUAAUUUGGUACAGGGUAGAAUAGCUAACAACAAACCCAUUCCAACUCGAAUCACUAGAAGAGAGGAACCGACGAAAGAUCGACGAAAAACUAGUCUGAGGCGGAAAAAAGUAAAAUCUUCAUGUGAGCAAGUUUUUCGUUCAGAAAUCAAAUGGAAAGACAAAACGAAAUGGUUCAGGUUUUAUUACUAG